GGAGCCGGCGGGCGGCGGUCCUCGCCAGGGACCUUCAGCGGGCCCAGGGGGACAAAAGUGGCUCUAAAUCCAGCACAUGCAUAUUGAAGCAAGUUAAAGGAUUUAAUAUGAAGCACAGAAACAGAUAAUGCCAAAAAGCAAGCAAUAGUUGGUACACUUUUAGUGAGUGGGGCAGCAUUUCCUUCUCCCAGUGCUGCUGAGAUGGCGGAAAUUAGUCGAAUUCAAUAUGAAAUGGAAUACACCAAAGGUAUAAGUCAGCGAAUGAGGGUCCCGGAAAAAUUAAAGGUAGCACCACCAAAUGCUGACCUGGAACAAGGAUUCCAAGAAGGAGUUUCAAAUGCUAGUGUGAUUAUGCAGGUUCCAGAGAGAAUUGUUGUAGCAGGAAAUAAUGAAGACAUUGCAUUUUCAAGACCAGCAGAUCUUGACUUUAUACAGUCAACUCCCUUCAAACCUCUGGCACUAAAAACACCACCUCGUGUACUUACACUAAGUGAAAGACCACUAGAUUUUCUGGAUUUAGAAAAACCUGCUCCAACCCCUCAAAAUGAAGAAAUCCGUGCAGUUGGCAGGCUAAAAAGAGAGCGCUCUAUGAGUGAAAAUGCUGUUCGCCAAAAUGGACAGCUGGUCAGGACUGACUCCAUUGUGAGAAGACAAAAUGAAAUACGUUGUGAAAGACCUGUGUUGCGUGGUGGGUCUGCUGCCGCCACCUCUAACCCUCAUCAUGACAACGCCAGGUAUGGCAUUUCAAAUAUAGAUACAACGACUGAAGGAACCUCAGAUGACAUGACUGUUGUAGAUGCAGCUUCAUUAAGACGACAGAUAAUCAAACUAAAUAGACGUCUACAACUUCUGGAAGAGGAGAACAAAGAACGUGCUAAAAGAGAAAUGGUCAUGUAUUCAAUUACUGUAGCAUUCUGGCUGCUUAAUAUCUGGCUCUGGUUUCGCCGCUAGAGGUAACCUCAACUUUCAAAAAUAUUGUCUCAACAGCUGGAAAUAUAAAGAAUUUGCAAACUUCUUUAUUUCUGUCUUUACAUUGUAUGCCGUUUUACAAUCCCCACCCUGAAAAUGUAUUUCUCCCAGAAAGGAUGGGGGAAAGACUUAUAUUUGCAGAAGUAAAGGUAUAUCCUGUCACUCGACUGUAUUUAGUUUUAACCAGUUCUGCCGUAACACCGACUUAAAAUUCUCCCUUUGCAUGUUUUGUAA